GACUCAUAUGGAGGAUCUUCAAAGAAGGAUGAAGACCUCGACUCAUAUGAAGGAUCUUCAAAGAAGGAUGAAGACCUCGGCCCAUGGGAAGGAUCUUCACAGAAGGACGAAGACCCUCGACUCAUGGGAAGGAUAUUCACAGGAGGAUGAAGACCUCGACUCAUAUGAAGGAUCUUCAAAGAAGGAUGAAGACCUCGACUCAUAUGAAGGAUAUUCAAAGAAGGAUGAAGACCUCGGCCCAUGGGAAGGAUCUUCACAGAAGGACGAAGACCUCGGCUCAUGGGAAGGAUACUCGCAGGAGGAUGAAGACCUUGACUCAUAUGAAGGAUCUUCAAAGAAGGAUGAAGACCUCGACUCAUAUGAAGGAUCUUCAAAGAAGGAUGAAGACCUCGGCCCAUGGGAAGGAUCUUCACAGAAGGACAAAGACCUUGACUCAUGGGAAGGAUCUUCACAGGAGAACGCAGACCGCGACACAUGGGAAGGAUCUUCACAGAGGGACGAAGACGUCGACCCAUUGGAAGGACCUUCACAGAAGUACAAAGACCUCGACCCAUGUAAAAAGUCUUCACAGCAGGACGAAGACCUCAACUCAUGUGAAUGCUCUUCACAGAAGGAUGAAGACCUCAACUGA